AUGCUGCUAUUCUCCUUAGCAUACCUUCUGCUCACGUUACUCGGUCUGAGCUCCUUCGCACAUUCAUGUCGCCCUUCGGUGUGGGCCGUCGGACUCAAGGAAGACCAGACGAUUGAAAAUCAUCUCCGCAUCGUAGGUCGAUCGAUAUCGAUUUACGAGCACAGGCUGGACAUCAAUGGAUAUACGGCAUUCACCUCGAAUGACGACAAGGCGAUGCUCAAAGCCAUUCGCAACGACCCCAGCGUUUUGUUCGUAGUCAAGAUCCCUCAGGACUAUUUCCGUAACUUUGAUCGAGAAAUCGCGGCCGGACCAGACGAGAUCGACGACGAGAUCUAUGAGGACAAGUUGCGGCCACUGCAUCAGUGGGCAAAACUACAACGACGAGACCCAGAGGUGAUUGACUUCGGUGGAAGAAGAAUACCUCUGGAGUGGGAGCUUCGACUGGAAGAGGGCUACAGCCUCGAUAUCUUCAUCAACCUGAUUACCAACUUCAGCCCAAACUCGGUUCUGAUCAGAUCAACCUACGCCUUCCGACUAGACGGUUACAACAACCAGUACCAUCUCAGGUUCAAGUCCGAAGAACAGGAGAGGAAGUCUCUAUCCUUGAUCUAUGAUGAUCCUCGCGUCGAAGCUAUCUGGCCGGAUCGUUGUAUCGAGGCCGGAAUCAGAGACUGGAUCCGGAUCGACGAGCAAAAGGACCAGAAGAAGGCACAGAAGUCCCAGGCCAAGCAAAAGAAGGAGCCCAAGGUCGCACAAGGCGGCGGAAAGAAGAAGAUGGAGGGCGCCGCUCUGAUCGGUAUCGACGUGGCCAAGGAGGACGACCUCUCGGAAUGGUACCAGCAGGUCAUCACCAAGGGCGAGAUGCUCGAGUUCACCGACGUCCCCGGCUGCUACAUCUACGAACCCGGUUCAUACGGCAUCUACGAGCGCAUCCAGGACUUCUUCAACACCCGCAUCAGAAAGAUGGGAGUCCGCAACUGCUACUUCCCCCUGUUCAUCUCAGAGGCCAACUUGCAGCGUGAGAAGGACCACAUCGAGGGUUUCGCCGCCGAGGUCGCUUGGGUCACCGAGGGUGGUAAGAACAAGCUGGAGAAGAGGCUCGCCGUCCGUCCCACAUCAGAGACCGCCAUGUACGGCUACUUCUCCAAGAAGAUUCGCUCUCACCGCGAUCUUCCCCUCAAGCUCAACCAGUGGAACAACGUCGUCCGUUGGGAGUUCAAGCACCCCAUGCCCUUCAUCCGUUCGCGCGAGUUCCUGUGGCAGGAGGGUCACACCGCCCACAUGACCGAGGAGGACGCCGGCAAGGAGGUUCUCCAGAUUCUCGACUACUACGAGGCUAUUUACCACGAGUUGUUGGCAGUUCCCGUCGUCAAGGGCCGCAAGACCGUGGCCGAGCAGUUCCCCGGUGCCCACUACACCACCACCGUCGAAGGUUUCAUUCCCUCCACUGGCCGUGGUAUCCAGGCUGGUACCUCCCACUGCUUGGGUCAGCACUUCGCCAAGAUGUUCGACAUCACUGUCGAGGAUCCUCACGCCAAGGAGGGCGAGAAGAAGGAGAAGCUGCACGUCUGGCAAAACUCAUGGGGUCUCACCACCCGCUCCAUCGGUAUCAUGAUCCUCACCCACGGUGACAAUAAGGGUCUGGUCAUUCCUCCCCGCGUCGCUGAAAUCCAAGCCAUCAUCGUCCCCGUCGGCAUGACCGCAAAGACCACCCCCGAGGACCGUGAGAAGCACUACGCCGAGACCAACGCCAUCAAGGAGGUUCUGCUCGAGGCGGGCGUCCGCGCCGAGACCGACAUGCGCGACGACCAAUCUCCCGGCUGGAAAUUCAAUCACUGGGAACUCAAGGGUGUUCCUCUCCGUAUCGAGUUCGGCCCCAAGGACAGCGCCAAGCACGUCGUCACCGUCGCCCGCCGCGACCAGCUCGCCGCCGGCAAGAGCGAGAUCCCCAUCGCCGACCUCGGCAAGGACGUCCCCGCCCUCCUCGAGACCAUCCAGAACGACAUGUUCCGCAAGGCCUCUGACGAGUUCCGCGACCACCGCAAGACCAUCACAAAGUGGGAGGACUUUGUCCCCGCCCUCAACGCAAAGAACACCUGUCUCAUUCCCCACUGUCUUGUCCCCGACUGCGAGGACGAGAUCAAGGAGCUCAGUUCGGGCAAGAUCGAGGGCCAGGAGGUGGAUGCCCGUGCUCCUUCCAUGGGUGCCAAGUCAUUGUGCAUUCCCUUUGAGCAGCCCGCAGAGGGACUUGUCCAGGGCGAGACCAAGUGCACCAACCCCAAGUGUGAGCGCAAGGCUGAGAAGUGGGUCAUGUUCGGUCGCAGCUACUAA